AUGGCUAGCUCGGAUUAUCCGAUGGGCUCGAUGUCCCCCACGGAGGAAUCGAUGUAUCCAGACAUCGAUGAAUCCAUCCACUAUCCAUGGCAAGAAGAGCAACAAAUUAUAGCGGAGGAAUUCUCCGCGUCCGUGAUCGACCCUCGUUUAUACCAGGGAUUGGCUUCACAGAACGAUGAGCUUGCCGUUGACCAGGUUCAGCCAGAUGAUGAGGAUCAAACGGCCCAUCUGGAAUCAAAUGGCUUCCUCACAGAUGAAGAUUCAGAGCUCGAAUAUAACGAAGAGGAUGCAAGCGACUCGAAUGACUCCGAUGAAUACCCAACAGAGGAUGACUCUGAAGACUCGGGCGCCGCACGGCGACGUCGUCGUCGUGGCGGAGGGCGCUUCUCAGGCCGGUAUGGUGCUCGUGGUGGCAAAGGCAUUAAGAGAGGCCCGCGAAAGCCAAUGGAACCAAGCCCGGAAUUCAAGAUUCUUCAUUCAGAUGCCACUUCUGCUUUCAUUGAUGGUGAUUAUGGACGCGCCAUCGAACUUGUGAUGCGCGCCAUUCAAAUCAACCCCGAAAUGUUCCCAGCUCACUCGCUUCUUUCUGAAAUUUUCCUGGCCCAAGGCGAGAAGGACAAAGCUUUAGCUGCUCUAUGGAAUGGUGCUCACACUCGACCUAAGGACACUAAAGUAUGGCUACAGGUAGCCAGACUUAUUCUCGGUCGCGCCGGUGUCGAUCGAGAAAAUGCACUCCCGGAUGUUGUUUACUGCUACAGCCGUAUCAUUGAAAUUGAUCACAAGAACUUCAAUAUUCGAUUCCAAAGAGCAGCUGUAUACCGAGAACUCGGAUACACGGGUAGGGCAGCCGGAGAGUACGAGAGAAUCUUGAAAGAAAAGCCCUACAGCGUUAGAGCGCUUCGACACUUGGCUGAAAUACAUAUCGAUCUCAAUGACGUUGAGCGGGCGCUUGAAAUUUGGUCCGAGAGUAUAGUUUACUAUCGGGACCACCCUGACAAGGUCCGAGGCUUCUCAUGGUCUGAUGUCAAUAUCUAUGCCGAGCUCUUCGGCUAUGUUAAUAGACACGCGGAAGGUCUUGCAGAGAUGAAGACCCUCUCGAGAUGGUUUUUGGGUCGCAAAAAUGAUGACCCUAUGUGGGAGAAGUUUGAAGACGAUGACCGGGAAUGGGACUCUGAACAUUCUCCCCGUCGAAUCAAGACUAGUGGCUUUAACCCCGACCUGUGGCCUUUAGAUUCCUAUGGGCUCGGUCUCCCUCUUGAGUUGCGAAUCAAAAUGGGCCUUUUUCGCUUAAAGAUGGGCGAAAAGCACCAUGAAGAAGCACUGCAUCAUUUCGAAUGGUUAAAUCCAGAUGAUACUUCAGAAAAUGCUCGCAUUUUUGACUACGGCGAUCUUUUCAGAGAGGUCGCGGAUGCUUUGCAAAAGGUUGGCUUGUUCCAGGAAGCUUUCCGGUUUUACUCACCGAUUCAACAAACCACCGAAUAUGCGGAUCUCGGCUAUUUCAUGGCAAUGGCGAACUGUUGCGUGGCGUUGGGUAAGGUGGAAGAUGCAGAAGCGUACUAUCUUACGGUGGCUGAAAACGACCCAAGGCACAUGGAAUGCCGUGUGAGACUGGCGACUCUCUACGAGGGGGACUUUGGAAUGAACGACGAGGCCCUGAAGUAUAUCAACGAAGCCUUGUUAAUCGGUAGACAGGAAGGCAGGACUCGGCGAAGGAAGCGAGAUGACAAUAGGCUUGAACAGCUCGCUAUUGAGUUCCAAAGGGGUCCUCGCCCUAUGGGCUCACCGCUGACCGGAACCGAACCGACUGGCAAUGGAGAUCGUUCCAAGAAUGCACAGAACAGAACAGACGACAUCCGGUUCCUGUUCGAUAAAUUAAAGGAGCUUCAUCCCUUCAUCAAAGAAGGCGACUCGGAUGUGGUCGAAGAUUGGCUUGACAUCGCCGAUGCUCUCCUGCGAGAUUUUAGGACUAAUCGAAUUUUCUAUCCUAUGGCUCGGACGAUGGAAUUUCAGGGAUAUACUGGCGACUCUCAACGAAAAGGCAAAAAAGGUCGUACGCUGCUCGACGAAGCGCAAGAGAUAGCCGUGCGUCUGCAAAAGGCAAUGGGUGACGGCACUGCCGAGGAGGAUUGGUCGGAUACCAUUCCAACCGAUUACCAUGGCAUUCCCUUCGACGAAUGGCUCGACAUUUUCCUCGAGUAUUCUCUUCUUACGACCAAGCAGGGCGAUCCAGAAGAAGCAUACGAUGCACUAGACGGAGCAGCAACUGCAAGCAUUUGGUUUCAUUCCAAACCCAAGUCUCGAUUGAUUCAUACCUGUUGGUUUACCUGUGCACUUCAUGCCCAAGAUGAAGAAGCUCUCGCUGGCGAGGCUCGGUGGUUCAUGAAGGAAUACCAGUUUGUGACAGAUACCUAUCGUUUAUUCGCCAUGCUGAGCAACCUGGCCGGCGAUCCCCACAAAUCCUUAUUUCACUCUUCCCCAAACAUGAAAUUCAUGCUUCGUCAGAUCAAAGCUAUGGACUUCACCUUGCCAGGAGAUGCCUCAAAGCCCCAGCCUCGACAGUCUGUUUGGAAAGAACGCGCUGCCCUGUCUACGAAAAACGAUGCUGGCGAACCCAUCCCAGCCGAGGAACUGGAUGUCGCCCUCCUUGUGCUUUACGGCCAUAUUCUUUAUUCCGGAAACAGCUUCUACCCGGCCCUGAACUACUUUUUCCGUGCAUAUGCUCUGGACGAUCAAAACCCAGCCGUCCUUCUCUCCAUUGGACUGUGCUUCAUCCACCACUCUAUGAAACGACAGGCUGAAAAUCGGCACUAUCUCAUCAUGCAAGGCUUAUCUUUCAUGGACGAAUAUCGUCGCGUUCGUGAGAAAGCCGGAACUCCUCUGCAGGAGAAGCAAGAAAUGGAGUUUAACUUUGCACGUGUGUGGCACAGUCUCGGGUUGCUUCAUUUGGCAGUAAAUGGAUACCAAAAGGUCCUCAGCCUCAGCAAGAAAAUCCAGGAAGAAAAGCAGCAGUUGGUCGAGAACCAUGCAGAUGACGGUGGGGACAACGAUACGGUCAUGGGCGAGGCAGAUACCGUUCCCCGAGAUUCCACGCAGAAGUCCCGGCGUUUUGUUGAGGAUUUCUCUCCUGAAGCCGCCUAUGCCCUGCAAUGUAUUCAUGUUCUCAGCGGAGAUUCGAAGACUGCCAAGGGUGUUACCGACCAAUGGCUUGUUGUUUGA